CCGCCCCCUGAGAGCCCCGGCGCCCCGCCGCCCGGCCCCGAAGACGCCGGUAGCGCCAUGGCGGCCGCCAAGCCCGGCGAGCUGAUGGGCAUCUGCUCCAGCUACCAGGCGGUGAUGCCACACUUCGUGUGCCUGGCCGACGAGUUCCCGCAGCCCAUGCGGCCCGCCAAGCUGUCCAAGGGCAAGGGCCGGCUGCGGCGGCCGCGCCAGUCCCGCUUCAAGACGCAGCCGGUGACCUUCGACGAGAUCCAGGAGGUGGAGGAGGAAGGGGUGUCCCCCAUGGAGGAGGAGAAGGCCAAGAAGUCGUUCCUGCAGAGCCUGGAGUGCCUGCGCCGCAGCACGCAGAGCCUGUCGCUGCAGAGGGAGCAGCUCAGCAGCUGCAAGCUGAGGAACAGCCUGGACUCCAGCGACUCCGACUCGGCCCUGUGAGGGGCGCCGCCCGCCCGGGGACCCGCGAACCAAGCCCCAGAGGGUCCGGGCCCCGCGCCCCGGGGACCCGCGAGGACCGGGACCUCUCGCCGGGCUGCGAGCUGCUCGGUGCGCCCCGCGCUGCACUGGUCCCGGGCCGGAGCGCGCGGGGGUGCCGGGGAGGGGGGCCGCUUUCUUUGCCCUUGUAAAUGUUUAUUUUUUAACUCUUCCCAGUACGGACUCUGCCAUGAGUGUGUGCGGGAGGCGCGCCUGCGCUGAGUCGGCCCUGGGUCGCCGGGCCUCCCCCGAGAGCCGCUCCACGCCCUUGUCUGAUGGUUUGCAACUCCGAUUUUGCACACCGCUCCACCGUGCCCCCCAGCGCACACCCGUUAACACUCACGCCAACACACUCUCGCUGAACACUUUUAUAAUUGUUAGGCGCGGCCGAUGGGACUUGGGGCGCAGCGCAGCUGCUGCUGCGGCCGGAGGACUGAUAUUUAUUUUUGCAUUGCGAUGGCUGACGGCGUUUAUUUAACGAUCUUUUUACUUGGAUAUGUCUGUGAGGCUCCCGAACGGAGACAAAUAAAGUCAAUAUAUUUGCACAGUGCA